CGUGUCAUGUAGCUCCACCCCGUCUAACUUCUGCUUUGACUCGUCUGGCGGCGGUUUAACGGUCAGAAAGUGAGACGCGGUGAGACGCAGACUGUCACAAAUCAACAAAAACAAAGGAUCUGAUCACAUGACCAUCAUGGAUGACAUCACCACACCGUUCACCAGCGAGUACGAGUACGAGUCUUACUCGUUAAGCCCCUCCCCCGGCACUGAGGACUACGACAUCCCGGACAUGAUGUGUGACCGCGAAGACGUGCGGAACUUCAGGAGACACUUCGAGCCGCCGUUUUACUGGAUAAUCACCUUGGUGGGCGGAGCUGGGAACCUGGCGGUGGUUCUGAUCUACCUGAACUUCCGCCGGCGGCUGAAGACCAUGACGGACGUGUACCUGUUGAACCUGGCGGUGGCCGACCUGUUGUUCCUGGUCUCGCUGCCCCUGUGGGCGGCAGACGCCCUGCACGGCUGGACCCUGGGAUUGGUGCUCUGUAAGAUGAACGCCGCCCUCUACAAGGUGAACCUGUUCAGCUCCAUGCUUCUGCUCACCUGCAUCAGCAUCGAUCGCUACGUGGUCAUCGUUCAGAGCGCCAAGGCGCAGAACUCGCAGGCGGAGCGGCGCCGUUCCAGCCGGAUAGUGUGUCUGGUGGUGUGGUUGGUGGCGAUGGUGCUGGCGAUCCCCGACCUGCUGUUCACCCACAUCAAGGAGAGCGAGGAGCCGCGGUACUGCACCAACGUGUUCCCGUCCGACCUGGGCCAGAGCACCAAGAUCGUGGUGCUGUCCCUGCAGGUCAGCAUGGGUUUCUGCCUGCCGCUGCUCGUCAUGGCGUUCUGCUACAGCGUCAUCUUCCUCAAGCUGCUCUCCACCAAGAACUUCCAGAAGCACAAGGCCAUGCGUGUCAUCCUGGCCGUGGUGGUGGCGUUCGUGGUGACUCAGCUGCCCCACAACGGCGUGCUGGUGAUGGAGGCGGCGCAGGCGAACAACACCACCUCGAUGGACUGUGGCGAGAUAAAGCGCUUCAACAUCGUGGGCCAGGUGCUGAAGAGCUUCGCCUACAUGCACGCCUGUCUCAACCCCUUCCUCUACGUCUUCGUCGGCGUGCGUUUCCGCCGCGACUUGCUGCAGCUGCUCAGCGUCUGCCGCCGUCAGCCGGUCGUCCAGACCACCAAGAGUCUGCCCAGCAAGUCCGGAUUCAGGAGUCCGCUGAACUCCACCCGAGCCACCUCCGUGUCAGACAGCGACACGUCACAGGGACUGUCUCUGUAAGGACCAAAACAACUUCCUGUUUGAGCUGCUGUCACACGCUGAUGACAUCAUCAAUGAGCCCAAAAGUCUUCUGUUUGUUUUAAAAUCCAGACAAUUAUUAUCAUUAUUAUUGUUUAAACAGACUGAUGUACACUUAAGGGUCUGCGCUUUCAGUUUGUAUCAAGGAAUUAUUAUCAGGAUAUCAUCGAAAUAAUCCUGUAAAAUAAUCCUGUAAAAUUAUCAUUAAAAAUUAUCCUUUAAAAUAAUCCUGUAAAAUAAUCCUUAAAAAUUAUCCUUUAAAAUAAUCCUGUAAAAUAAUCCUUAAAAAUUAUCCUU